UCGGCGACGCGGUCUGCGGACAAAAUAUGUUGUAAACAAGAACAUGUAAUGCGAAAAAUUAUUCUUUUCGUUCUCGUUUCCCGUUUCCCCGCAGUUCUCUCAUAAAUUGUGACGAAAUUCUGUUACGACGAAAACGACCGAUUAUUCGAUAGCGUAAGUGUAUUAGUAUUUCUGUUUCUGUUAGUGGCGGUACUACCUACACCACAGCAAUGCCGAAAUACUAUUGCGAUUAUUGCGACACGUACCUGACGCACGAUUCGCCGUCGGUGAGGAAGACCCACUGCCAGGGCCGCAAGCACAAGGACAACGUCAAGUUCUAUUAUCAGAAGUGGAUGGAGGAACAGGCGCAGAACCUGAUCGAUGCCACCACAGCCGCGUACAAAGCAGGCAAGAUCGGCAUGAAGGGAGUGUGCAUACCUCCGCCAAACAUGGGUCAAGCUGCGCCACAAAUGCCCAUGCCUCCGGGUUCGAUCAUGCCACCCGGACAGAUGCCCAUGGGCGCACCGCCAAUGAUGUCCAUGCCUCCGAUGAUGCGACCACCUAUGGGACAGAUGCAGAUGGGGGCGCCGCCGCCAAUGAUGCCCCCGAUGCCACCAAAUAUGAGACCGCCUAUGAUGGCCAAUCCACCACCCAAUGUCCAAGCUCAACAAUAAAAUAAGUACACACAAUUGUUGGUUCACAUUCACAAGACGGUCAUUAAAAGUUAAAUUAUGUGUAUUCCACCAUUAUCUACAUAUUAAAAUGUUCAUAAGUAUUCAAUAUUGAUUAAUAAGUAAAAUAUGUACUACUAAUAUCUAAUUUAUAUAAUAUUUAGUAUAGAUUAUGGACUAUAAAUAGACAUCUUCAACUUGGA